AGUGUCGGAGGAGUGGAUGGAGGCGAAACAACUUGGUAAAGUCCAUCGACUGCAGGCGAACAGUUGUUUUCAGGGUCAGACACACGGUGUUACCAUGUCAGUAUGUUCAGCUUCUUCUCAGCGGUGAAGAGGCAGCGUUUCCGUGAUGGCGGCUACCGCAGCACAGGCGUUUCCAUGAUGCCCAACCAGAAAACUUGAGGAGCAAACUUUGAUCAAGGAGCUGGAGUCGUUCCCCACACUAUCCCUGCUGUGACUAUAUAGAUAGGGGGAAAAAACUAAUACCACUAUGGCAUAUACUACUGCGGUUUCGAUAUGGACAUUUGCUUUUAGUUUAUACUUCGGCGUGUCCAAGUGUUACUUUUCCAUACCACUGAAAAUUUACCCAGGGAAGUACAACGUAUCCUCGGAUGUGGAUUUGACUCCUCUUCGGCGAGUGGCGUUAACCUCUGAUGGAAACGGCCUGUCUCUGGCCUCUGAUCCCACGGGACAAGUGAACUUUCUGGACAUGGUAAACAACUUGCAGGGGGAUUCUGGAAGAGGUUACUACAUAGAAAUGUCAAUUGGUACUCCCGGGCAAAAGCUAAACAUCCUGGUGGAUACAGGCAGCAGUAACUUUGCUGUGGCUGCGGCCCAACACCCGUUCAUUACUCACUACUUCAACACUGCACUCUCCACUACCUACCGCACAUCUGGUCGGACUGUGGCUGUCAGGUACACCCAGGGCAACUGGGAAGGUGAGCUGGGCACCGACUAUGUCUCCAUCCCCAAAGGCCCAAAUGGGACCUUCAUCGUCAACAUAGCUGCUAUCAUGUCAUCCGACGGCUUCUUCCUUCCUGGGGUCAACUGGCAGGGCAUCUUGGGGCUGGCCUAUCCCAUGCUGGCACGGCCCGACUCAUCCGUGGAGCCCUUCUUCAACUCUUUGGUGAAACACCUGGGAAUUCCUGACAUCUUUUCCCUCCAGAUGUGCGGUGCUGGACUGUCAGCCAGCAGCACAGCGGACCCUGCGGGUGGCAGUCUUAUCAUGGGAGGGGCUGAACCAACUCUGUAUCGGGGGUCGGUGUGGUACACCCCCAUAGUAGAGGAGUGGUACUACCAAGUGGAGGUUUUGAAGCUGGAGGUUGGUGACCAGAACCUGGACCUGGACUGCAGAGAGUAUAACAUGGAUAAAGCUAUAGUUGACAGUGGGACGACACUGCUGCGACUUCCUGUCAACGUCUUCAAUGCGGUGGUAGAAGCCAUCACACGCAGCUCUCUGAUCCAGGAUUUUUCUUCAGGGUUCUGGGAUGGCACCAAGCUUGCGUGCUGGAUGAAGGGAGAGACCCCCUGGAGGUUUUUCCCCAAGCUGUCAAUCUAUUUGAGGGCCACAAACACCAGCCAGUCCUUCCGUAUCACCAUCCUGCCUCAGCUCUACAUCCAGCCAAUCACAGACGUGGACGGCACACUGGACUGCUUCCGUUUCGGACUUUCGUCGUCAGCUAAUGGCCUGGUGAUCGGCGCUACUGUUAUGGAAGGCUUUUACGUGGUGUUCGACCGUGCCCAGCGGAGACUGGGCUUCGCACUCAGCAGCUGUGCAGUGAGCGGCGGGGUGGCUCUGUCGGAGAUCGCAGGACCCUUCUCAGCAGCGGACGUUGCAUCCAACUGCUCUGGCGGGGCGCUGAGGGAGCCUCUUCUGUGGGUCAUCUCCUACGCCCUGAUGGCGGUCUGCGCCGUGGUCCUCAUCAUCUUGUUGAUCCUGCUGGUCCUUCCCUGUCGACGCAGAGACCACUCCGGGGAGAUAACGGACGAGUCCUCACUGGUCCGCCACCGCAUCAAGUGACUGAGAGGAAAUGGUCGCGUGAACAGGGUGAAUGGGCAAGGAGACAUUGAGCAGAGCCCAUCCACAGCGGUGGAGAAAGGGGUGAGGCUCGGCAUGCACCGAACAGUGACACUCGGCUCUGAAUGUCUGACUGACUCUAGACUGCACUCAUCAGCUUGGCCCACAGAGGUAGACACAGACGGAUCAGCUGCCUCUUUAAGGGAAAACCCACCCUAAAAACAGCUGUUGAUGUAUUUACUGUUCCAGUUUCCUGUUUCUUUCUUGUUCUCACAGAUAAUUAAUGUCAUGCCAUGUCAUAUUUAGACACCGUGACAGGGAGAGAAAUCCAGCAUAGAAGAAGAGGAGCAGGUUAAAAGUUCAUAACGCCAUGUGGCAGUUUUUAGUAAUGGGUAUGACUUGCUUUUUCUCAGCUGGAAAGACUCAUAUGCUGUCCAGUGUCGCUCCCUCCAGCUGCACCCACUGAAAUAGAUCGGAUAGAUUGGGAGAGCACUCAGAUUCGGGCCGUCCAAAGGUAUUUUGUGAAGUGUAGGACAUCACUAACACAAACAGAGGUGUGAACCAAACUAUGAAACACUUUAUCACAAAUUAAUUCCUGACACACACCACACCAGCAAUGACGCAUAGCAGUAUAAGAAUAUCUAAGGGUGGAGUUUCUCCCUUAUUGAUAAUCAUAAGACUGUGGGUGGAGGAGUACAGGAACACUACAUGGUCAACAAACACUGGUGCAUUCUUGAACAAUUUAAACAUUACAAGUUGUAAUUUCCAGCCAAACUUUUUGUUAUUAAACUCUAAAGACAUACAACCUCUUAAAAUGUGCCUUUACUCAGACAUAUGAACAACUACCAACAGAUCUUUCUUUUAGCUUUAUUGUUUUUUUUUGAAGAUCUAAUGCCGACUCACUUUCUAGUGCCUUUGUGUACUUUGAAGUUAACCUCCAGUCUAUGGAGUCAAAUUAAUAUAUGUGUCUAUUGAAGUCCAGGGGAAAAGCUUCUCAAUCAAUCACUGCUAAUAAGAAUAUUACCCAUGUUUACAUUGCCUGUAGUGCCUUUAAGUCUCAGUCGACUGCUGAUACAGCUUUACGAACAAUUUGAGACUUGUUCUGCUGAAUUGCACUUUUUUUUUUCUUAAGUCAAUCAAAAGUGUAAUAUGAAGUUAAAGUUCAAUAGUUCAGGAUCUGUUAUGUAAUUUGUUGUGUUAAUGUAAUUUUACUAAUUCUGUAUACACCCAAGUUUAUAUUUAAAUUUAUUUGAAUGUGAUAGCAUUAUUAUUCCAAAUAUUUUCUUUUUCGUCACUAGAUGUUUUAAGGUGCAUACUUAUUCUUCACAUUUUAUACGAAUCAAACUGACACACUGGAAACACAUGCAUCACUUGGGUUCCUGUGGACUGCAGUUAGCUUCGUACCUGAAGCUCAAUGACGUGUUGGCAAUAAAAAGUUAUAAAAUGCCCUUCAACGGUCUGUCGACACUAGUGACAGCUUCAUACGUAGAAGUCAGUGAUACAUCACAUGAAACGUGUUGAGGCCACUGAGACUGUGCUGCACAAUCAGUCUGAGAUUUGUGCUCUUUAGCUCUGAGUAUUUGCCUUGAGUGAAAUGACUCAAGCUGCACUAACAUGUCACUGUCUUCCAAAAUUAAAGUUGGAAAAAAUGUCAAAUUUAAAGGUACACUUGAAUCUUUGAAUGUUCGCUUAUUUAUAAGUGUAUUUUUCCGUGCCAAAAUUCUACUUGUGCUGUAAAUAAAACAAAUGGUGACCAAAUC